UGUGAGCUAACACUUCCUGUUCACGUGGGUACAUGUGAGUGCCCCAUCCCCAAUGGUGCCGCUCAAUAAUCUAUCCGACCUCAUGAAGUGUUCACUACUUCCCACAAAUGCUUAAUGACUUUUCUUGCACGCCGCCUCUCCCUCUACCAGUGUGUUCCACAUGACAUUGUCAGGCUGAACAGGGAUUCAGGAAGGGGAAUGCAGCUUUUUGAUAGAUGGCAUCCCUCAAGGAGGCAAGAAAGAGAUUUAUAUUCAGAAAUGUAGAGUUUUCACUAGGAGUCGUUUUAAUAGGAUUUCAGGAAGAGGAAUGGAGGUAAAAAGAGGAUGAGAGGCUGAGGUUGAAUCUGAAGAUGGCAGAAAAGAAAGAGAUGGUGUGUCGAAGAAGAUUGUUGUCAAGUACAAACAGAGAGCAGUUGGUUGUGGUUGAGCUCUCUGGUAUAAUUAACUCAGAUUUUUUGACCAAGUGUCAGGGAACCUGCAAGAUACUGGACAUUGACAGUGAGCAGCCAAUGAUGCAGGUGGGAAGAUACGUGUUUGCGGGAGAGUAUGACGAUGCCUUGGGCACCUGUGUGCUCUUCGAGGAGGGACAGACGAGUGGGGCAGACCCUGAAGCCAGUCCAGAGCUGAGCUAUAAGUGCCACACCGUUAAGAGACUGAUGAUGCAGAGAACCUUCCUUGCUGAGAAAAAGGAAGGAGACAACAGCUCAGGUUACACACACAGAGACUUUCAGUUUCAGCCACUGAGUGACGGAAUGUCCCCAGCCAGACUGGACUCACUCUCUCACUUCAUCCAGAACCCAAAGAGGACCUCCAAGCCAGCAGGGGAAGGGGGAGCACACACAAUGGGGCAGAAGACUGGGUAGAGGGGUCAGGCAGGACACUGUCAGCAACUCCAGUAAUUAGGUUUUACCUCUGAUUUGUAAUUAUAUUUUUGUACUGUGUAUGUUGUUGAAAUAAAUAUGACGCUUUCUAGA